CUCCUCCCUCCCUCCCUCCACUCCUCUCUCUCUCUCCUCCCACCCCCUCCGUUCUCCCCUCGGCUGCAGCCCGAGCCCGGCCCGCCAGCUGGGCUGGCAGGAGGGCGGCGGCGGCACCACCAUGAGCUUUGAGGGUGGCCACAGCGGCAGUCGGCGCCGCGGGGCGGAGAGCGGGGACACCGAGCCGCCCCCGUCGCCGCCCCCGCCGCCGCCGCCGCCGCCGCCGCCGGGAGAGCCGGCCUCGGUCCCCGCGCCCCCACGCUACCUGCCACCUUCGCCCGCGCCGCCCGCGUCCCCCGAGCGCGCCGCGGGACCAGACGAGCCGCCGACGGAGGUGGUCCCGCGGCGCCGGGGCGCGGACGAGCUGCCGCCGCCUCCCGCGCCCCUGCCGCCCACCGGCCAGGAGGUGUCGGCGGCUGGCGACUCCGGGGAAGGUCCGAGGCGCCUUCCCGAGGCGGCGGUCCCCGAGGCGGCGGCGGGGAAGGGCGUCCCCGGGGAGCCUGAGGCCGGCGCGGGCGGGGAGGGCGAGCGGCGGGGCGCCAGCGACCAGCCCGAGACGCGCUCGGUGUGUAGCAGCCGCAGCAGCAGCAGCGGCGGUGGCGACCAGCGCGCCGGGCACCAGCACCAGCACCACCAGCCCAUCUGCAAGAUCUGCUUCCAGGGCGCUGAGCAGGGGGAGUUGUUAAAUCCCUGCCGAUGUGACGGAUCCGUUCGGUAUACACAUCAGCUGUGCCUGCUGAAAUGGAUCAGUGAGAGGGGUUCCUGGACCUGUGAGCUCUGCUGUUACAGAUACCAUGUCAUAGCCAUUAAAAUGAAACAGCCUUGCCAGUGGCAAAGCAUUUCUAUAACACUGGUUGAGAAAGUUCAGAUGAUUGCUGUAAUCCUAGGAUCCCUGUUCUUAAUAGCAAGUAUGACCUGGCUCCUCUGGUCUGCCUUCAGCCCCUAUGCAGUGUGGCAGAGGAAGGACAUCCUUUUUCAAAUCUGCUAUGGAAUGUAUGGUUUUAUGGAUCUAGUGUGCAUAGGUCUCAUUGUCCACGAAGGAGCUGCAGUUUACAGAGUGUUUAAGCGCUGGCGGGCUGUUAACUUACACUGGGAUGUAUUGAAUUAUGAUAAAGCCACAGACAUCGAAGAAAGUAGCCGGGGAGAGUCUUCCACAAGCAGGACUUUAUGGUUGCCACUGACGGCCCUGCGGAACAGGAACUUGGUCCACCCGACGCAGUUAACUUCCCCCAGGUUUCAGUGUGGCUACGUGUUACUGCACCUGUUCAAUCGGAUGAGGCCCCAUGAAGAUCUGUCCGAAGAUAACAGCUCAGGGGAGGUUGUGAUGAGAGUGACUUCUGUGUGACAAAAGCGUAAGGCGGCGUGGCGUAGACCACCCUGCACAUCUUGGAAUGUAAUUGCAAUGAAUGGCGAAACCACAGCACUUCUAAAAACACACAUCUAUGAACUUUUUAAAAUUUAUGCUUUUUAUAUGAACAUUUGAAUUGCAAAUACAUUUUUCUGAAAAAAAAAAAUAGCUCUCUGGUUCUUUGUUUUCUGAUUUCCCACAUCUUUUAUAAGUUGGUACUUGAAAUCAUUAUACAUAUAAUUUAACCCUACUUGGUUCAAAGAAUGAUGGAAGCUGUCCUGAAGGCCGAGACUAUUUUUUCUUGCUUGUUUUAAAUAUAUUUUUUAUCAAACGUUUUGCUCCAUGUGUAGUUUUUCAGGCAUGCUACGAACGGGGAAGAGCUUAGAACUCUGUGGGCAGAUGCCAAGGUGCCUGUGGGUUCACAGAUCCCAGGUGCUUGGGCGAUGCUGUGGACUGGUCCUCUUUGUGCCUCACAGCUACUGGCAGAUGGAAGCGGGACUCUUUUGCUGGGAUGGAAUAAUCUGUCACCAGGAAUGCACGCUCUAGGAAUGUUGGCUUGCUUUCUAGCUUGUGAAACAGUACAGAGAGCUUAUAAACAGUUAAAGAUGAGUGGGGAAAAAAUAGUACGUAUAACUUACUGGUAUUACAUACAAGUGGGCAGGGCCUUCUGUAUACUUAUAACCGUAAGAGCUCACCAAAACGUCACAUCAUUGCUUGUGAAGUAAUAAUCCCACCGCCUCACAUUUGCAUAACCCUCUUACAGACCUACGGCAGUCAUUUGGGUUAAUUAUUAGUGUCUUGAAGCCUGUGAGCGCUAUCUUAAUUAGAUUUUCUUUCUGUAAAAGCUUAUAUACCUACUGAAUCAUUUAAACACGGACCCUAUCACUCGCUUUAAUGAAGUCCUGGGGAAUCUAUUCACCUGCAGCGAGAAAUGUUUUCUUUCAGUAGAUAAGUAUUUUUUAAGUGAAAAGAGGAAAAGAAAAAUGAGGCUAUUGACUCCCUAGGAACGGUUUGCUAACUAGUGGCACCUGGAGAUUUUCCACCUUUUAAUCCUCCUAAUGGAGGGAAAUGGCACAUUUUAAUGAGCAGUGACAGAAUAAAUGAAGAGGCAGGCGGUCAUGCUUUCCUUUGGAACAUGAGUUGAACAUGUAAGUCAUUGGAAGUCACUGAUGAGUAGAUUUUAAAGCAUAUGAAAUAAAAACGCUUUACAUUCUAUUUUCUAAAAAUGACCUUUGGAUGAUUCAUACUAGGAUAGUUAACGUUUACAGGUAGCACUGUGAUUCCUACGUAGCAAAUCCCACCAAUACGCAAAAGAAUAUUUUCCCAGUUUAAAAACUGUCGCAGAUGAGUUAAGGCUGUGCUAAUUUGCAUAAGUGGGAAAAAGGAAUCAGGAAAUCAUGAAAGAAGGAACACACAACCACUGUUAAGGGGGCAGUUGUAGGAAGCGAGAGUGUUAAAUAUUCCCAUCCUGUAUGUCACUUUUUUAAUUCUGAUAUUACACAAGCACAGUCCUGGGGAAGACACUGGGAGGUAGCAGUCAGUCCUAUGAAUCUGGUUCCGGACGCUCAGAAUCUUGCCCCCUGGGACCGAAAAGCAGAUUAAUUAAUAGGGACACCAGGAAUGCCAAUCUGCUGUCAAAGGAACAACCCAUUUUUUGUGCCCCGCAGGUGUUGAUGUUUGUCCUGGACAGUUUAAUCACGAAGAGGAGUCGUCGUCAACAACACGUUUAAUGGAGAAUAAUUGUGGGAACUGUUCAGAGCAUCGCAUUAAAAAUACCGGAUAAAGAGACAGACACAGAUUAGAUUAUCACUGCUCCGUAUUUAGCAAGUCUGCCCUUCUAAUUGGCGUACACCUUCGUAUUCCAUCAACUCACCAGACACAAAAAGGCGUAAUGGAUGGGAGACCCCUCCCAGUGUGGGGUGCACGAGGUAGAGAUGUCGCCAAGAGAGUUCAGAGUGAGCCUGUCAACCUGGAAAGGAAUAUGCGUCCCUAGGCUGCCCUGCUUUCCAGCACCCUGACCUUUGGAUGCACAUUUUGCCCACAGCCACUGUUUCCCCUCAUCACCUUCACACCUCCUAACACACCCACACACACAGUCACACACCCACACGUGACCCGAGUCAAGGUUGGAAUAAGGAUCUGGCAGAACCUCUGCUCGAUAAAACGUACCCUCUCUGAAAUGAUUACCUAAAAACUCAGAAGAAAUACUCCAGGUGGGGAGGAGACGUGCCUUGAAAGAAUUGAAUUCACUGUUUAAAAAUAAUUAAAAUGUUAAUAUGUACUACGAGUUACGAUAUAAAUAAUUAACUUCCAGUUGCCAAGUCUGUCAUUCAAACGUGGGCUCCCUUAAAUAGCAAAAUCACCGAUGUAAGGAAAUAAGUUCGAAAUGCCUUAUUUUUAGGAUCUUUUCCAAUAUUAGAAACACUGAGACCUGUAUGCAAUUUGUCUCUUUCCAACCACUCACUUGAAGGACAGGCAUCCACAGAGCACCUCCUGCGUGCCACAUACUUUCGCAGUGGGCCACAGAACGACCCAGGUUUGCAGGGAGACUUUGGGGACAUGUGCCACAGCAUAUGUGGCAGGAUACAGGCAAGCAAAUGAAAGUGGCAGAUCAGGAGCAGAUUUCCCUGGGGGGGCCGGGGAGGGAAUCCCCGAGGAGCCGGCAUCACUUGGGUGCUGAAGCGUGAGCAGUUUGCCAGUCAGACAAAUGGAGACGAAAUUCUGGGAACGGCUCCUUGGGGGUAAAAGAGAGGCAUGUUUCAGUCAUGGUGAGAGGCUUCUCACUGGGGGGGGCAGAAGAUGCCUGGGAAGACACGAUCCAUCUCUAUGGGGUUCACUAGGUAGCAGGGUCCGAACUCCACAGGGAACCCUGAGAAGACGGUGUUCAAGCUGCAGGUGGCCAGACGUGGCAAGGUCAUCUCGGGGGGAUGUUCAUCCCCCUCUAACCCGAUUCCUAUGGGCGACACUCUCUGUUCUCAAGGCACGGCUAAAAUAAAUGGACAGUGGUCAUACCCUCAAAAGAGUUCGGAGAAAUCCUACAAAAUGAAAUAGUAGGCAGCAAUCACACACAGGUGCCACCACUAUAAAUUAGAUAAUACAGUAGAAACACUGGGGGCAUUGAGUGGGCUCUCUUCCCCUCUCCCAGAAGACAGCAAAACCCACAAUUCCGAAGAGGAAAGCACAUCGGAGAUUUUGUGAAGUAGAAGACAGUGUCUCUGUUAUUGAAAAUACUCCCAAACACUUCCCAGGAUAAAGACUAUCAUCUGAUUUUUCUUAAACAUGAUUAAUUUUUUUUUUUUUAUUCCAUAUGUCUCAUUAACUAAACAGAUGCCAAAAUAAAGCAAGCUCUCUCUACUGCUUCUGUUUCAGCCUGGGACUGCUAUCCUUUUCCUUUCGGUUUUUCUUUUUUUUCCCACACUACUAGCAUAGUCUAUUAUUUUUGAUGAUGUGCUAAUCAAUCCUCCUUUAUCUAUGGAGUGAAAUAGCAAAAUUAAUUUGUCUUUGCCGAUCCAGAAUUAGAUCAGCGAUCAUCUAAUAAUGGAAGUGUCAUUUUACACAAAGGUCAUCAUUUGUCCAUAUUUUCCUGUGUAGCUUGCUUCUUUUUUUCUUUUUGAUUUGCAAAUUUUAAUGACAGUAGCUUACGAAUAUCUGAUACUUAAAAUUUUUCUUUCCAGGCUCAUCGUUUAUCAGACUUCAGUGGCAAAAUUUGGCUUUUUAUUUUCAAAACAUGUUUGCAUAAAUGAUAUCAUGUAAAAAUAAUUUGAUGUCCAACAUAUUAAGAAAUAAUUGGUUUAAAACCUUAAGAAGAUACUGGAGGCAGUUAGGUCAAUCCCAUUUUAUCAGUUCAGAAAAAAAAAUGCUCCCAUAACGUGUGUGUGAUUCAGAAUUGCAGCCGGUGCCGUAAUUUAUAGCAAAGCUCAAAGUUCCGAGCCCCGGUGGAACCUAGAGAUUAAUUAAUUACCUCAUAAAGAUGCCAUUUUAUACACAGUGGAUUUAUCUAAUAAAUUAGUCAAAGACUUCAAAGUUAUUUUAAGGGAUUUUCCCUCUAGGAAGUAUAGACACUGGGAGCCAGUGGGAGAAUGAAAACUAUGCAUGAUUUCCUGUAAAAUUUUGGUGAUGCAUAAACUCUACCCCAAAGCGUUUGAUACUGAUUUUCCAAAAUAAGUUAGAGGUCACUGAAUUUUCUUGUAACUUCUCCACAUUUCUGAGAAGUUUUUCUGCAUGCAACGUGGCCUUUCGGAAGAACAGUCUCUUUUUCUAGGGCUGCAAGUAGAAAAAAGACAUUUGCUCCAAGACACAUGGGGCGUGGAGCCUCGUGAGCGUAGGGUGGAAAUGGUGACCUAGGUGAUUUAAAACCCUGCUCUCUGGGGCUGUCAAGCACGAAUGUCCGUCUCAGCUGCUGGGCCACAGAAGGAGCCUCAGCUGUGAGUGGAAACAUGGAGAGAAAUGUCUCAUGUAGUCAUACCUCUAGCUCCCUAGCAUAGCUGUCCUGGGGCUUUGGGAACACAAGGAGAUCUGCCCGGAAGCUGUUAUGACAACAAGGACAAUGUGGCCAGAAGCUGGAAAUGCUCCAUGGGACACGCUUCCCAUAAGACUCUUGGCAAAGUCAAGAUUUAUUAACAAGAAAGAGCCAAAGCAUAGAUUCAGAGACCAGGAGAAGAAAAAGUAACACGAUUCAACACCAUUUAACGGCACGAUGUGAUUAGUUUUGUUAGCUCCAGCUCUGGGCAUACUUACUUCUCUACCUCGCCUUCCUUAUUCAUCAUCCCUGGCUUAGACAACAAGGUGGCACUGUCCCCAUUACGCCAUUGUUCAAAGUAUUAUGCCCCAGGCACACAGCGAGACUCCUAGCUGCUCCUGUUGGUAUAUCACUAAGGACCAGCUCCCCACAUGGGCUGGAGAGACUGCCCCCCAAAGAGAGAUGAGGAAGAAAUCAGAAGAGGCAGCCAUGAUGGAGGGACAAGAAAAAAUGGGCCACAGUGGCAACAAGCCCAAGGGGUUGCUCAUGAGGUGACAGUGAGGGAAGGCUGCCUGGGAACAGAACAUAAAAGAUAAGCUGAUUUUAUGAAGUUUGUGAUCUUAGAGAGGAGGAAGCCCAUUAAUUUGGCAGUUGAAUGAAGUGGCUUAAGCACUUUGAGGCCAGAAAAGAAAAUUUCAGAAAAGACACGUGGCUCAAACCUAGUGUUCAGAGAAAGUUUCCUGAAGAAGGUAACCUCCAGACCAAGAUGGCGCCAGAGGUUGUUCCUGACUUGACUCUCCCUCACAAGAACAAAUAACAACUCUUCAAGAACAAGACACCACUGAGAGAAUUCUGGAAUAUGGGGUGAGGCUGAAGCCCCCCUCACCACCCCCCUCCACAGACCAGGACAGACUGCAUCGGCCAGCCUGCUGGGCUUUUGUUCGACAUUCCACUGAAGUCAUAGACGAACUUAGGGGCACAUAGACAACACUGCGGAGUCUUUCAAUACACUAACAUUUGUGUAGGAUUUCACUGUUUUAUCUCAACCACAUCUUAUAUUUUAAGUGUGGAGUUCCUUUACCUCUUUUGUUAAAAUUAGUCCACGUAUUUCAUGUUUCUGUUUUUGUAGAUCAUGUUUUCUUUUAUCUAAUUAUUUAUUGCUAGUAUGUAGAAAUAUAUUGGUUUGGCUAUGUGGACCUUGUAUCCUGAGACCUUAUAAAUUCCCUCAUUAUCUCCAAA